AUGAGCUCACGAUCUGCAAUCACCAAAGAGGUGAAAAGUCUGCAGAAACAGUUGAAAAAAGUAAAUAAUAAUGAGAUCCAGAAAAGAAUAGACAUCAUAUUGGAAAUUGCCGAUUGUUAUCGGAAGUGUGGGGAUUUCGACUCAGCGGUACCCCAAUACUUGACUGUUGAAGAGGAAGCACAGCGUUAUAACUUAUCAUUAGAUUCUUCUUUUGCUUAUCGAGCUUUGGCUGAAAUUCAUACCGAACUAAAUAAUGCAGCUGAGGCAAAAAUGUACUGUGAUAAGUUUCGCAAGGCGGCGAAAGAAUCACAGAACUUUUCUCAAAUUCAGUUGUCAUACCAUGUUUCUGGUUGGGUGCUUCAACGUUUAUGGGCCGAAGAUCCCUGUAGACCGAGACAACUUUUGGAAGAAGCUUCGCAAUAUUUAAAGAGAAGCAUCCGUUUGAUCAAGGAAAAUGCGAGCGGUAUUGAUUCUGAUUCCAAGGCGGUUGAGUCUGGUGGUGACUCAAGGAAAAGAAAGGCACGGGCGGAAACCUUAUAUGCCGGUAUUGCUGGUUGUUUAGGAUUCAGGGAAGAGGCAGUAGCUGCUUGGAAUAGAGCGCAUGGUUACGCUCAAAAACAUGGCGAUCAGGAUUUGAAAUUCGAGUUAUUACUUUUGAGGAUUGAUUUUUCAUGGGAAAAUAGGCAUGUUGAGUUAGCUCGAAAACUUCUCAAUGGAGCUCCUGAGAAAAAGAAAGGCGCGGCUUUGUUGGAGCUGAGUCAGGCUUAUAUAUUCGAACAAGACUUUUUUUCUGCACAAAAGACUUUAUAUGAUUGUUUAAAUAAGCAUUACAAUAACUUAUCAGAGAAGGAUCGUGAUAUACUCGACCGAAGAAUAGUUUUCCUAUACCGAUAUUUUGACGCUAAAAAUAAAAUAGACGAUCCUUCAUUACCUAGACAGGUGAAAAGAAAAUGCUCUGAUAUCAUUGCGGAUUCAUUGAUAGAAUUCAGUGAUGAUCGCAAAGUUCUCCAUACUCUCGCUAUUGAUUUCUAUACGAAAAUGCUCGAUUUUUCUAUCACUAUCGAAGAAAAAAUGCCCGCUGUGGUCUCUCUAGCGGAAACUUAUAAAGAAAUUGGGAAUUACGAUCAAGCAGCUCACUUCUUCAGUGUUUAUCUCACGUAUGAGCAGACUAAAUCUGUCAGACUAGAGAAGCUAUUGGAGACUAGAGUAGCUGUGUUCAUUUGUAAAUGUCGUGGACGGUUAGAAUCUGAGCCUACGUUGAGAAAGGAGUUUGAAUUUCUGCAAGAGAGCAUCAACUCAGACAAGCAAUUAUUUCUGAUUAUCUCUCUCAAAGAAACGUUUGGUGAUUAUUUGAUGAAAACCAGUGGUGUUGCCAGUAAUGAGUAUUUGGAAUCGGCGAAAUCUCUAAAGAAGAUUCUUGUUUCUCGACCUGACAGUGACGAUGAGGAAGAGAGUCAAAGUAUAACUGGUGAUGCAGAGGAGGGAUUGAGUUCUUAUAAAAUCAUACAGCUCUGUAAAGAGGAAGCUUCACGAAUGAAUAAUGAAGAGGAGUUGAUUAGGUUGAAAGACAAAUCUGUGAAUGGUCAUGGAGAAACUAGGCUUCACGUAGCUGCUCGCGAAACUAAUACUGAGUUAUUGGAGGCACUCAUAAAAUAUGGUUACGAUGUUAACUUACAAGACAAUGGUGGUUGGGCUCCUUUGCAUGAAGCUGUUUCAUAUGGCAUACGAGAAAACGUGUUACGUCUCUUGAAAGCUAAAGCUAAAGUUAACGUUCGGAGUGAAGAAUCAUUUGAAGAUGAGAACGGUGUUGUUAUGGGAGGAGGAAUCACCCCCUUGAUGGAUGCUUGUCAAGCUGGGUCCAUACAGAUAGCUAAAGAUUUACUGCGCUAUGGAGCUGAUUGCACUAUGAAAAAUGCCGACAAAUGGACUGCCUUAGAUUUUCUUCGAGCUGCACUACUCGAUUGUGAUGAUGACGAAGAUAGAGUCGAACUGGAGAAGUUUCUACAAGAACUGGAGAAUAGAUUCCGAGAAAGAGGUGUGCCAUUCUCUCGAGAAGCACCAACUAGAAGAAGGAAAAGUCUUACAAGUUGUCAAAGGAAAGUGACGCGAAAAAGAUGUUUAACUAACCUUUCUCCUUCAAAGGCUAAUUUGAAUGAAUAUAAGUCUACUAUGGAGAAGCUCUCCAAAAGUGCCCGAACAUUGAGUAAGGAUAAUGCUAUCUUCGAUGAUUGUGAAAUUGAAAACGUUGAAACUUCUUUGAACAAGUCUAAUGAUUAUAUAGAUUUUUCUCCCAUUUCUCCUCUUAGUAGUGUCGGAAGACAUUCUUCAUUAUCCAAUAGAAACGGUUUGGUUUCUGAUGAUGAUUUAGACACAUGUAGGAAAAGAAAAACCAGUUCGAAUAACAGAUUGUACAAAAAAACAAAAUUAAGCAGGUCUACUUCCAAUAACUCAAUGCGUGGACCUAACGAUCUUGAACUAAAUUUUUAUAGUUCUCCUGAGAUAAUUAACAUACAAAAUUCUCCGCAGUCGCUAGGGAACGUUCAUCAAAGAGGCGAGAGGAGUCAGAGCUUCACUCAAAGGAGUGCACAGAAUGCGUUGAACUUGAGCAACAGCUCGACGCCUACAACUCAGCUUUUAGUUACGAUGAAUUUCAUAAAUCCCGACUUGUCAGUGCACUCGAGAAAUAAACUAAAUUUUGCCCCCACAGACAAGAUGUCCGAGGUUGUUGCUCGUUGCAAAGAUAUUUUGCCAGAGUAUCAACAUAAUUUUGUGAUAAAAUCAUGUGAUGAUUGUGAAUUGGCAGAUGAUAUAUUGGUAUCAGACAUUAAGUCACUCGAAUUUAACUGCCACAUUCCAUUGCUCACCACCGAAAUGGCUUUGAAGUCGAAAGGACUAGAAGAUCCAGAUGCCUUAAUACAGCUAAAGGCUUUUGAUAAAAAUGGACAUUUGGAUCUUUCUACCGUCGAAAUAGAGCCGUACGCUGAGGAAUUAUUUGUUGCUCUUAGGCAGUCUUCUAAACGUAUAAAAAUUCUAGACGUAUCUUACUGUGGUUCCAACGUGAUUAACAGUGAACUACCUUCCGUGAUUAGUCAAGACUUGGAAGUUUUCCAUGCUGCAGCUUCAUCUGUAUCUAACGAGCUCCUGGAGAAGUUACAUGAGCAAGACAUGGACCAAAAACUGAAUUCUAUCAUCCUCUCAUUUACGAAUAUAAGCGAUGCCUCAAUUUUGGCAAACUUUCUUUCCUCGAGUAAUCUUACCCAAGUCAAUGUUUCUGGAUUGAAGCUACAAGCUGGUAUUACUGACUUAGCUAAUGUUCUGUGCAAUGCGAAGAACUUGAAGAUUUUGGACAUAUCUUAUUCUCAAUGGUUGACACCGGAUAUUUUGAGCAUUAUCAUAGGUAGCGACUCGGGUUUGGAGGAGUUGGUAGCCAAGGGCAAUGAUCUAUCACAUUUUCAUUUUGAUGUGCCUCACCUUCCAAAUAUAAAAAAACUAGUAUUGUGCGGUUGUACUAUCACUGAAUGGGAUUCAUUUCUCGAAUGGUUGGCAUAUGCAGAGUUAGGGUAUAUUGAUCUAUCGAGCACGAGUUUUUCUGUCAAACAUGCUGAUAUCUUGUUAUCUUCACGCCAAGAAAAUCCGCAUCAGCUCACUAUUCGAGCAGUGAGAUGUCUUCAGAUAGAACAUGUUACUGAACUCUCUGCCAUGUUGAUAAAUCACGCAGAAUGUCCCAAAAAACCAAUUUUCCAGUUUUCAACAUCUCUGAUGUUACGUUUGAAAAAAUCUGCUGUUAUAGCUUUAAUAAAGAUUUUCUUAAUUGUGAUAUUUGCUCAUCUUGAAUUCUCAGGUCGUUUGUCAUUGGUGAUAAACGAGGAACCUUUCAAUGUUUCCAGCCUCGUUUAG